CCGACUCAAGCGGCUCCAAACUUGCCUGGAACCUGCUGCUCUCCAAAGCCUCCAAGGUCCUGGAUCAAGCUCUGGAUCUGCUGAGCAACACCACGCUCCGCCCCGACCAUCAUUCUGCCUCCAUGAUCCUGGACUCCAUUAGAGAACUCCGGCUGCAUGGCAUCAACAUGGCCGUCCUCAACGAUCCCGCCUUCGUCCAGAUGUGGUUCGGCCGCCGCCUUCGUCCGUUCCUGCCAGCUGUUUCCGACGACUUCCUCAUGUCUCUCCUCCAACUCACUGAACUGCAGCACCUUCCAGUCCAUUGUGAAGACAUUUAGCCACGUUCAGUCACUCAUGUUGCGUGAAAGGCAGCGGUCUGUCUCCACACGCUUCAUCACAGCUUUCCUGUCAACAAACAACACUGCAGGUCCAGGAUGUUUGUCCUCCUUCAACAACAGCGCACAGUGGCUGACCGACAACUUUGGUCCAUUCUCUGAGUUAGUGGCCGUCAGCGAGCUGAUCCGUCUCAACCCUCUCUUCAAACCAGUCGAGGUCUUACAGCUCCUCACAGCAGAUCAGAGAGUGGAGCUGCUGGGACUGACGCUUCCUGAAAACACAGACACUGUCAUCAACGCUCUCUUUAAUUACAUGACCGAAGCACCAGAGGAAAGGAGAUUCACACAGUUCCUGUCGUCUCUCGUCAUAUUCGCUAAGAUGGAAAGCCUUUCUUGUUCAUCCUACAAAACACUAUUCACCAGACUGGACAUCGCCAUGGCAACCACUUCUCCUGACAUAGUUUCAGUCGUCACAAACACUAAAGUGGCUUUGUCCAAACAACUACCACUUGGCUGCAUCAUAUACAGUGGGCAGUGCAAUGUAACGAUGGCAAAUGAGACAGACAUAUGCAUGGGAGUCAACAGCACAGAGCUUCAGAUCCACCUGGACAGAUCAAUGAUGACCGGACAGCACUGCAGCUUCUCUGUGGAGGAAUUUGCCUGUGCCUCUCUGUCAGGUUUAACAGCUGGGGAUCUGGCAGCCAUGUUGGGUUGCGAUAGGGUCUCCGACUCAAGCGGCUCCAAACCUGCCUGGAAGCUGCUGCUCUCCAAAGCCUCCAAGGUCCUGGAUCAAGCUCUGGAUCUGCUGAGCAACACCACGCUCCGCCCCGACCAUCAUUCUGCCUCCAUGAUCCUGGACUCCAUUAGAGAACUCCGGCUGCAUGGCAUCAACAUGGCCGUCCUCAACGAUCCCGCCUUCGUCCAGAUGUGGUUCGGCCGCCGCCUUCGUCCGUUCCUGCCAGCUGUUUCCGACGACUUCCUCUCAUGUCUCUCCUCCAACUCACUGAACUGCAGCACCUUCCAGUCCAUUGUGAAGACAUUUAGCCACGUUCAGUCACUCAUGUUGCGUGAAAGGCAGCGGUCUGUCUCCACACGUUUCAUCACAGCUUUCCUGUCAACAAACAACACUGCAGGUCCAGGAUGUUUGUCCUCCUUCAACAACAGCGCACAGUGGCUGACCGACAACUUCGGUCCAUUCUCUGAGUUAGUGGCCGUCAGCGAGCUGAUCCGUCUCAACCCUCUCUUCAAACCACUUGAGGUCUUACAGCUCCUCACACCAGAUCAGAGAGUGGAGCUGCUGGGACUGACGCUUCCUGAAAACACAGACACUGUCAUCAACGCUCUCUUUAAUUACAUGACCGAAGCACCAGAGGAAAGGAGAUUCACACAGUUCCUGUCAUCUUUGGUCAUGUUUUCCAAGAUAUUGAAUCUUUCCUGCUCGUCCUACAAAACACUAUUCACCAGACUGGACGACGCCAUGGCAUCAGCUACUUCUGAUGUAACUUCAGCCAUCACACACACAAAAGUGGCUUUAUUCAAACAGCUACCAUCUGGUUGCAUCAUAUACAGUGGGCAGUGCAAUGUAACGAUGGCAAAUGAGACAGACAUAUGCAUGGGAGUCAACAGCACAAAGCUUCAGAUCCACCUGGACAGAUCAAUGAUGACCGGACGUCACUGCAGCUUCUCUGUGGAGGAAUUUGCCUGUGCUUCUCUGUCAGGUUUAACAGCUGGGGAUCUGGCAGCCAUGUUGGGUUGCGAUAGGGUCUCCGACUCAAGCGGCUCCAAACUUGCCUGGAACCUGCUGCUCUCCAAAGCCUCCAAGGUCCUGGAUCAAGCUCUGGAUCUGCUGAGCAACACCACGCUCCGCCCCGACCAUCAUUCUGCCUCCAUGAUCCUGGACUCCAUUAGAGAACUCCGGCUGCAUGGCAUCAACAUGGCCGUCCUCAACGAUCCCGCCUUCGUCCAGAUGUGGUUCGGCCGCCGCCUUCGUCCGUUCCUGCCAGCUGUUUCCGACGACUUCCUCUCAUGUCUCUCCUCCAACUCACUGAACUGCAGCACCUUCCAGUCCAUUGUGAAGACAUUUAGCGACGUUCAGUCACUCAUGUUGCGUGAAAGGCAGCGGUCUGUCUCCACACGCUUCAUCACAGCUUUCCUGUCAACAAACAACACUGCAGGUCCAGGAUGUUUGUCCUCCUUCAACAACAGCGCACAGUGGCUGACCGACAACUUUGGUCCAUUCUCUGAGUUAGUGGCCGUCAGCGAGCUGAUCCGUCUCAACCCUCUCUUCAAACCAGUCGAGGUCUUACAGCUCCUCACAGCAGAUCAGAGAGUGGAGCUGCUGGGACUGACGCUUCCUGAAAACACAGACACUGUCAUCAACGCUCUCUUUAAUUACAUGACCGAAGCACCAGAGGAAAGGAGAUUCACACAGUUCCUGUCGUCUCUCGUCAUAUUCGCUAAGAUGGAAAGCCUUUCUUGUUCAUCCUACAAAACACUAUUCACCAGACUGGACAUCGCCAUGGCAACCACUUCUCCUGACAUAGUUUCAGUCGUCACAAACACUAAAGUGGCUUUGUCCAAACAACUACCACUUGGCUGCAUCAUAUACAGUGGGCAGUGCAAUGUAACGAUGGCAAAUGAGACAGACAUAUGCAUGGGAGUCAACAGCACAGAGCUUCAGAUCCACCUGGACAGAUCAAUGAUGACCGGACGGCACUGCAGCUUCUCUGUGGAGGAAUUUGCCUGUGCCUCUCUGUCAGGUUUAACAGCUGGGGAUCUGGCAGCCAUGUUGGGUUGCGAUAGGGUCUCCGACUCAAGCGGCUCCAAACCUGCCUGGAAGCUGCUGCUCUCCAAAGCCUCCAAGGUCCUGGAUCAAGCUCUGGAUCUGCUGAGCAACACCACGCUCCGCCCCGACCAUCAUUCUGCCUCCAUGAUCCUGGACUCCAUUAGAGAACUCCGGCUGCAUGGCAUCAACAUGGCCGUCCUCAACGAUCCCGCCUUCGUCCAGAUGUGGUUCGGCCGCCGCCUUCGUCCGUUCCUGCCAGCUGUUUCCGACGACUUCCUCUCAUGUCUCUCCUCCAACUCACUGAACUGCAGCACCUUCCAGUCCAUUGUGAAGACAUUUAGCCACGUUCAGUCACUCAUGUUGCGUGAAAGGCAGCGGUCUGUCUCCACACGCUUCAUCACAGCUUUCCUGUCAACAAACAACACUGCAGGUCCAGGAUGUUUGUCCUCCUUCAACAACAGCGCACAGUGGCUGACCGACAACUUCGGUCCAUUCUCUGAGUUAGUGGCCGUCAGCGAGCUGAUCCGUCUCAACCCUCUCUUCAAACCACUCGAGGUCUUACAGCUCCUCACACCAGAUCAGAGAGUGGAGCUGCUGGGACUGACGCUUCCUGAAAACACAGACACUGUCAUCAACGCUCUCUUUAAUUACAUGACCGAAGCACCAGAGGAAAGGAGAUUCACACAGUUCCUGUCAUCUUUGGUCAUGUUUUCCAAGAUAUUGAAUCUUUCCUGCUCGUCCUACAAAACACUAUUCACCAGACUGGACGACGCCAUGGCAUCAGCUACUUCUGAUGUAACUUCAGCCAUCACACACACAAAAGUGGCUUUAUUCAAACAGCUACCAUCUGGCUGCAUCAUAUACAGUGGGCAGUGCAAUGUAACGAUGGCAAAUGAGACAGACAUAUGCAUGGGAGUCAACAGCACAAAGCUUCAGAUCCACCUGGACAGAUCAAUGAUGACCGGACGUCACUGCAGCUUCUCUGUGGAGGAAUUUGCCUGUGCUUCUCUGUCAGGUUUAACAGCUGGGGAUCUGGCAGCCAUGUUGGGUUGCGAUAGGGUCUCCGACUCAAGCGGCUCCAAACUUGCCUGGAACCUGCUGCUCUCCAAAGCCUCCAAGGUCCUGGAUCAAGCUCUGGAUCUGCUGAGCAACACCACGCUCCGCCCCGACCAUCAUUCUGCCUCCAUGAUCCUGGACUCCAUUAGAGAACUCCGGCUGCAUGGCAUCAACAUGGCCGUCCUCAACGAUCCCGCCUUCGUCCAGAUGUGGUUCGGCCGCCGCCUUCGUCCGUUCCUGCCAGCUGUUUCCGACGACUUCCUCUCAUGUCUCUCCUCCAACUCACUGAACUGCAGCACCUUCCAGUCCAUUGUGAAGACAUUAGCGACGUUCAGUCACUCAUGUUGCGUGAAAGGCAGCGGUCUGUCUCCACACGCUUCAUCACAGCUUUCCUGUCAACAAACAACACUGCAGGUCCAGGAUGUUUGUCCUCCUUCAACAACAGCGCACAGUGGCUGACCGACAACUUUGGUCCAUUCUCUGAGUUAGUGGCCGUCAGCGAGCUGAUCCGUCUCAACCCUCUCUUCAAACCAGUCGAGGUCUUACAGCUCCUCACAGCAGAUCAGAGAGUGGAGCUGCUGGGACUGACGCUUCCUGAAAACACAGACACUGUCAUCAACGCU